AUGUUAGACUUGCAGCCGUCAGAUCGUCGUCCCGGAGCUCCGGGCGGCGGUGGCGGAGAUGAGCUGAUCAGAACAUAUAAAGGGUGGAAAGGGAAUAACGUGUUCUUCCUUGGAGGAAGGCUCGUGUUUGGACCCGAUGCACGAUCUAUUCUGAUCACACUCUUCUUGAUUACAGCUCCUGUCAUUGUUUUCUGUAUAUUCGUUGGCAGAAAAUUCAUCGAUGAUUUUCCUCACCAUAGAGGAGUAUCAAUAUUAGCUGUUGCUAUUGGUCUAAAUGUAUUGGAUCUAGUAUUCCUUAUUCUAACCUCGGGGAGAGACCCAGGAAUAAUCCCACGUAAUCUAUAUCCUCCAGAACCAGAAGGUAGUGAAGGCAGUGUAGAGCCUCGUCUUGCUCACACUCCUCAGAGUCGGUUGCCUCGGACCAAGGAGAUGAUUGUGAAUGGAAUCACUGUGAAGAUCAAAUACUGUGACACGUGCAUGCUUUACAGACCGCCCCGUGCUUCCCACUGCUCGAUCUGCAACAACUGCGUGGAGAAAUUUGAUCAUCACUGUCCUUGGCUUGGUCAGUGCAUUGGAUUGAGAAACUACAGGUUCUACUUCAUGUUUGUGUUGUGCUCGGCUCUUCUCUGCAUAUAUGUCCAUGUGUUUUGCUGGAUCUACGUCAAGCGCAUCAUGGAUAGUGAAAAGAUAAACAUCUGGAAGUCUUUAGUUAAGACUCCUGCUUCCAUAGCGUUAAUACUCUACACGUUCAUCUGCGUCUGGUUCGUUGGUGGGCUUACCGGUUUCCACUUGUACCUAAUCAGUACCAAUCAGUCGACUUACGAAAACUUUAGGUAUCGAUAUGAUAGACACGAGAACCCCUUCAACAAAGGGAUAAUAGGGAACUUCAUGGAAGUAUUCUGCACAAGCGUUGCCUUAUCUCAGAACAGUUUCAGAGCAAAGGUAUCAAAGGAGCCAGCAAUCCCACCAAGGACAGUGAACGGAGCGAUGUCGAGCCCGAGCUUACAUAAAGUUUCACAGGACAUAGAGAUGGGGAGAAAACCGGUGUGGCACGAGACAGUAGAGGAAGAGCUCGGUGACAUGGACAAGGACAUGGAGUCAUCGGUCACGUCGCGGGAUUUGAGCAGAAUGCUUCCACCAGAGGAGUCCGAAGGACGAGGGAUUAUGCAUUCGAGAGAGUCGAGCAGAGGAAGGAGAGGAGGGAGCUGGGAGUUUUCAAGCCGUGUCAACGAAGAUUUAAGAAGCCGAGAGGAUUCUUUGUCGAAAAGAGUCGGCGAGGAUAGCUCAGCGUCUUCAGGCAAUGAUGCUUCCAGAGAGUUACACAUUGAGAUAUCUGAUGCCGCAGCAACACGUAGAAGCAGAACCGGAACUGGUAUAGGACGGUUAUAG